AUGGGUAACGACGAGAACAUCCCCCUGCUUCCGGGGUACAGCCUGACGCUCCCCGGGGCGAGGAAGCUCCCCCAGACCCUCAACUACGCCGGCGGCGGCAUCUUCGUCACCGGCCUUCCCGAUCAAUCCCACCCCGCGCGCCCCAUCACCGCUCGCAUGGCCGGCGACGAGAAGCUCGCCACGCAGGGGCGCCCGCUGACUGACAAGAAGACCACGCUCGCCGAUCACGUCAAGGGGUCCGUCGCGGUUGACCCGCAGAACGGUCCCGCGCCCCCGCCCGGUGCCCCCGCGGUCGCCGCCCUCGGUGACAUGAAGCUCGGCGAGGGCAGCGCCACCCCCGCGUGGGUAGCGUACGACGGUCAAUCCCUCUCCUACGGCGCGUAUUUCGUCGAGAAGGCGCUCGACGGCCGAGACCGCAUUAGGAGGUGCGUCAUCAGGUUCCACCUCGAGGACGGCACCGUGGACGUGCACGAACACAAGACGGACAACAGCGGCAUCGUCCAGGGCCGCAUCCUGAAGCGCCACGCCGCGGUGGGCGCGUCCGGCGAACCCCUCGCCAUCGCCGACUUUCAGAUUGGAUCCACCGUCGCAAUCUACGGCCGCGAGUACAACGUCGUGUGCUGCGACGCGUACACCCGCGAGUUCCUCCGCAAAGAGGGCCUCACGAUCGCGGCCGACGUUCCCUUCCCCGACACCCUCGUCGACGAGGGACCCGGCGUGCUCGGUACCAUCGGCAUGGGCGUUCGCGGCGUCGGCGGCAAAAGGGUGUUCGAGACAGAUCCCGUCGAGGUUGUCAUCGGCGCGUCAUCCGCGUCGUCCAAUCAAAUCGCCGAACCCGCGAUUGACCCGUUCACCAAGGACGUCCUCUCGUUCAAGUGCUCGUGGGACGACAGCGUCCAGGGUAUCGUGCACUACACCCUCAACUACUUCCUCGCGGACGGUACCGUGGAGGUUCUCGAGGAGGAGGCUCCGGGCCGCGAUCCUUUCCCCAAGAUGCUCGCGCGCAGCAAGCUCCCGGCGGGCGGCGCGUUCGACGUCGGUCCCCCCGGCGAGAAGACCAGGACGUUCCUCAAGCCCGCCGACAUCGUGAUGGGCCAGCCCGUGGGCGUUUACGGCCGUAACCUGACGGUUCACGACUGCGAUGAUUUCACGCGAGCGUACUACGUCAAGACGCUCGGUCGGACGAUCCUCGAGAUGGCGCCCAAGCCCUUGAACGAUGGCGCGGUGAAGCACGUGCACGUCGACCCCCCGUACAACGGUUUCGGCUCCGAGACGGACUCCCUCCGCAACUGCCACUCGCUCGUGCCGAAGCGCGCGCCCCCCAACCUGAGGCACUUUGAGCAGAACUUUGGCAAGGAGCUCAGGUUCAACGCGGCGUUCGCUGGGCCCGGGCUGGUUCCCCCCAACGAUGAACGGAGGUUCAUCGUGACCUUCUACCUGGUCGACGGGACCAUCAGCGUCUACGAGCCACCCAUGUCCAACAGCGGCAUAAUCGGCGGUAAGUUUCUGGAGCGCACGCUCGAGCCGGUGAGGAAACCCGGGGCGAGGGCGCCUUACGUGGCGAGGGACUUUUACGUCGGCGCGACCGUGACGCUCAACUCGCACAGGUUCGAGCUGCUCAACACGGACGAGUCGACGGAGAGCAUCAUCAGGAGUCUGUGAAGCGAGGAGGUUGUUCAAAGCGAAGGAGGAGGAGAGGAGGAGGGGUUUAAAAAAAGGGUUUGACUCUUGCAAAAACUGCUUAUAGGCCGAAGGCGGAGAGAUGGGACGUUCGAGUUGUAUUUAUAUCAAAUCGAUCCGCGCUG